AUGAGGCAGAGACAGGCCGUGGAAGGAGUUUUCUACGUGAACGACCCCCUGGAGAAGCUGAUGUUCGAGGAGCUGCGCAAUGCCUGCCGCGGAGGAGGUGCGGGUGGCUUUUUGCCUGCUAUGAAACAGAUUGGUAAUGUGGCUGCGUUACCUGGCAUUGUUCAUAGAUCAAUAGGCCUUCCAGAUGUCCAUUCUGGCUAUGGGUUUGCCAUUGGCAACAUGGCUGCCUUUGAUAUGAAUGAUCCUGAAGCAGUGGUGUCACCAGGUGGUGUCGGAUUUGACAUCAACUGCGGUGUUCGCUUACUGCGUACAAAUUUGGAUGAAAGUGAUGUGCAACCUGUGAAGGAGCAGCUUGCCCAGGCUAUGUUUGACCACAUUCCUGUUGGUGUUGGCUCCAAGGGUGUCAUCCCCAUGAAUGCCAAGGAUUUGGAAGAGGCACUAGAGAUGGGUGUGGACUGGUCUCUCCGGGAAGGCUAUGCCUGGGCAGAAGACAAGGAGCACUGUGAGGAAUAUGGGAGGAUGCUGCAGGCUGACCCCAACAAGGUCUCCUCAAGAGCAAAGAAGAGAGGUCUGCCUCAGCUGGGGACCCUGGGAGCCGGAAAUCAUUACGCCGAGAUCCAGGUUGUGGAUGACAUUUACAAUGAAUAUGCUGCCAGGAAGAUGGGCAUCGACCACAAAGGGCAGGUGUGCGUGAUGAUCCACAGUGGCAGCAGAGGUCUGGGCCACCAGGUUGCAACAGAUGCAUUAGUGGCUAUGGAAAAAGCUAUGAAACGAGACAAAAUCAUAGUGAAUGAUCGCCAGCUGGCAUGUGCCAGGAUUGCCUCCGCAGAGGGACAGGAUUACUUGAAGGGAAUGGCAGCUGCUGGAAACUAUGCAUGGGUCAACCGUUCUUCUAUGACUUUUCUAACAAGACAGGCCUUUGCCAAAGUCUUCAACACAACCCCAGAUGACCUUGAUAUGCAUGUUAUCUAUGAUGUGUCUCACAACAUUGCCAAAGUGGAGCAACAUGUGGUGGAUGGAAAGGAGCGGACUCUGCUGGUGCACAGAAAGGGAUCAACCAGGGCCUUCCCUCCUCAUCAUCCUCUUAUCGCUGUUGAUUAUCAACUGACUGGGCAGCCUGUUUUGAUCGGUGGGACUAUGGGCACCUGUAGCUAUGUUCUUACUGGCACAGAGCAAGGCAUGACUGAGACCUUCGGAACUACUUGCCAUGGAGCUGGUCGUGCACUGUCUCGAGCCAAAUCUCGACGUAACUUGGACUUCCAGGAUGUAUUGGACAAGCUGGCUGACAUGGGCAUUGCCAUCCGUGUUGCUUCUCCCAAACUGGUCAUGGAAGAAGCACCGGAGUCUUACAAGAAUGUGACAGAUGUGGUUAACACCUGCCACGCAGCUGGCAUCAGCAAGAAAGCCAUUAAACUGAGACCUAUUGCUGUUAUAAAAGGCUAGGAACUGACAAGGCAACAGAAAUGCACCAACAUCUCCAGACCUUACAGAAAACUGACUAGAACCAUCAUCUUUCCACACCUCUUGGACUCUGUAGGAUGCUCAUAUAUCACAUCCUUGUUCUGGAAACACAGCAGUUGAGGAUACCCCAUAAGUAAUGCCCCCUUCCCCUUCCUAGUUGUUAUAUGCUGUUCUUUUCUUGGGAGGAAAGGGCAAAG